AUGCAUCCAGGGCAUCAGUUGGCGUACGCCAUGUGGGCGAUGGUGAUUCUCUCUCUCACUCUGGUAGCUCUCCGAUUAUAUACACGCAUUCGAAUCAUCAAGUUUGUCGGCGCUGAGGAUUACAUGUACGCAUGCACCAGCAUAUUCUUCCUUUUAUUUGCUAUUUUCAUACAAAUCUCGGUCCAUUACGGGCUAGGACAGAACUUCUGGGCACUUAGUAUCGACGAUACCGCGAAUUCUAUAUUUUGGACUUACGUAGCGAAUACCUUUGCUAUAACGGGAAAUGCGAUGGCUAAGCUAUCGAUGGGCUUAUUUCUCCUUCGAGUAGUUCAGGUCAGGUGGCAUAAGAUUGCACUCUGGACCGCUGUUGUCAUCACUACUGCCACAUCCUUUAUUCUCGUGGUUAUGCUCUGGAAUCAGACGACGCCAAUCAAAGCAAGUUGGGAUCCGUUGAGGACGCCGGGGAUAUGGAAUAUACGAAUUCAGCCUCUGAGUGUUGGUCUUGGAGUUUGGUCUAGCAUUUGCGACUUUUUCUUCGCUAUAUUCCCUUGGUUGUUUAUACGAUCUCUUCCCAUGUCUCAACGAGAGAAAAUUAUGCUAGCAAGUGGAAUGAGCCUCGGAGUAAUUGCUGGAGCUUGUGGUAUUACCAGGACGGUAGUUUUAUCUAAGCUAAAUGUAUUUAACUAUACACUAAACUUCGUACCUUAUUUUGCUUGGGCCGGUGCAGAAAUUGCUGUGGCUAUGGUUUGCAUCGGUGUUCCUACCUUACGUCCGCUAUAUCUUAAGACGAGGGGAUUUACGAGUUCCUAUUCGAAUCACUGCCAGAGUAGAAAUACAAACGAGCUACCCCGAUAUACAACAUGCAAACGCAAACCUCUUAACAAAUCUUGUCAAGUUCGGGAUUCGGGAUAUUCGCAAGCUUCUGAUCUGUCGAGGCCCCCGGCAGCGUAUACCAAGGUACGAAGUGACAGUAUGGACGAUAUGUUAUCGGAUAAACAUAGUCAACGAGCAGGCGUAAUAUGGGUUAAGAACGAAGUUAGGAUUCAGGAAGAUGUUGCAGAGUGGCCGUUACGAAAUUAA